AUGAUGCUUCAUCGGACUCGAACUCGAAACCACAAAAGUUCAUUUCCUGAACUAGUUGGUCGAAGUGCUCAUGAAGCAUCUCAUUAUAUUGCUGCUCGAGGUUUGACGCCAGUUCUUGUUAAACCCAAUCAACCAUUGACAAUGGACUAUCGCCCAGAUCGUGUUCGCAUUGUUACAGAUCUAUCAGGACGUAUAGUUCUACGAACACCUAUGAUUGGUUAA